AUGUCUUCUGUGUUUGUAGAUCUCUGGGAAGAUAAGGACAUCGCAGCAGCAAACAAGGAAAUACGACAUUCAAAGGAGUGUACUAAUUAUGAUGACGAUCUGUGGCCAAUCCCAGUCCCUUAUAUUUUGGACAGCAGCCUUGACUUGAAUGCGAAAGGCGUGAUCAUGAAAGCCUUUGACCAGUACAGACUGAAGUCAUGCAUUGACUUUGCAGAAAGGGACACUGAGAACUUUUACAUUAAAGCCCAAAAGUUAAACGGAUGUUUUUCAUAUAUCGGACGAGUAAUACCCAAUGGCCAAGAUCUCUCCAUUGGGCAGUUCUGUGAUGGAAUUUCCACUGUUGAACAUGAGUUCCUUCAUGCUCUUGGCUUUUUCCAUGAACAGAGCAGAUAUGACAGAGACGAUUUUGUGACCAUUAAUUUCGAGAACAUCCGAACAGGGUACGAGAAUAACUUUGAAAAAGUCAGCAGUGAAGAUAGCACCACCAACGGAGUCCCAUAUGACUACUUAUCUGUGAUGCAUUAUGGAGAAAAUUUUUUCACCAAUGGAAAUGGGUCGACAAUAACAACCAAAGAUCCCAAAUUCCAGUCCGUGAUUGGUCAAAGACUGGAAAUGAGUCCCAGUGAUGUCAAGGAGCUGAACCUGCGCUACCAAUGCAACUCGACCAUUGCCUUUAAGAUGUACUGUGGCUUCUCUAAUGGAAACAUGUGUCAAAUGAAUAGCUGUUCACAGAGCAACAAAGGCUGGAAAAAGUCCAAAUAUGUUGCUGCUGGUCCUACUUCUGACCACACCAAUCUACCUGGUGGUGAUGGUACACAAUCUGUUGCUACAAGCAGUUACUUCAUGCAUGCAAGCACUGCAUCAGGUAAGGAGGGAGACUCAGCCAGGCUGGAGACGAAGAGGAUGAGUCCCAGUAGGGAAUGUAACAUUCAGUGUCUCCAGUUCUACUACUACCACAGUGGGAACGAGUCAGACGAGCUUAACAUCUGGAUCAGAGAGUUUGAAAGUGAAAAUGACUUGAAAGGAACCGUCCGCCUCAUGGGACAGAUCACUGGUCCACCCAAAACUCACUGGCAGCUCAAGCAUGUUUCCCUGAACGCCACCAAGCACUUCCAGGUGGAGUUUGAGGCUCGCAAAGGAGCAGGAACUUCUAUGGGCGGAUUCUCCAUUGAUGACAUCAACCUGUCAGAGCUUGAAUGUCCACAUGUCACACUGCAGUUUGAUGAUUUUGAGAAACUUUUGAACACUAGUGCCUAUGGAACCACACUGUACAGCCCGCGGCAGUACUCCACUGACGGCUAUGCUUUUGUUGUUGGGAUUAAGCUGUAUGAGGAUUUUUUCGGCUUGUUUGUGCAACUCAGGUCUGGAAAAUAUGACGACCAUCUGGUGUGGCCUGUCCCACAUAGGCAUGUGACCUUCCAAAUGGUGGAUCAGACCCCAAACAUCCAGCAACAUAUGUCAAAGCAAAGGGGUAUCACCAGUGACAUGAGUGCAUCUUACUAUGGCAUCCUUAACUGGGGCAACCCACGUUUGCACGGAACUUCAUUUGUAGAUGGGAAUAAUGAGACCAUCUAUACUGGACCAUUGCUUGGCCGAAUUUUUUUGCAUAUUUGGAAGAUUUGAAAACUAGACAAUUCCUGAAGGGAGGGAGUGCUGUUUUCACCUUCACCUUCCAAGAUAUCACAACUCUGGUAAAUGGAAGUACGCUGCCAUGUCCUGAAUUGAGACAAGUGCCAAUGAGACUUCCUUCAGAUCCAGAUGUUGGCCCAUGCUUAUCAGGGACCCCUCCUCCAAAGACGACCAUAGACAUGAUUCAUCCCACCACCCAUCGUCCUCCUAGAACAACAGAUGAAUGGAUUCAUCCCACCACCCAUGGUCCUCCUACAACACCAGAUGAGGACAAGCUCUUUCCCACCACCUUUGGUCCUCCUACAACAACAGAUGACAGCAUUUUUGGCUUCGCUCCUGGUUUGGCAUCCUGCCCUGUCCUCACCUUCCUGCUUGCACUGAUGCUCCUGAUACGUUGAUGUGCAUCUUGUACCAUCCUUCUACUGCUUAUGGAAGAGACCAUUGAAUGUGCCUAAGUAGAUCAUGACAAAGCGCUUAAAAAACAAAUUGUAACGGCUGUAACGUUUCUAAUGAAGAAGGCUGCAGUGUUUCUAAUGAAGGAGAAGGCUGCAGUGUUUCUAAUGAAGGAGAAGGCUGCAGUGAGUUCUGAACAGUUUGUAGUUACUGAUCAGGGAUCUAUUGAACACAAGCUACCACAUGGAAGAUUGAUUUUUAUUUUACUUUUGGUGAUGGGACCAUGUUUCUUUUAUAAUCUUUUAUGAAUAGUUCUUGAAAUCUGUUCACUAAGUUGUUGGGGAUUCUUGCUAAGCUCUGUUCUGUUGCUAUGCACUUUUAAAAACAUUUUGUGUCUUGUGGAAAUAAAUAAAAACAGGCGAACACAA